AAAAUGAAAACCACCUUCAAGCACACACCCUCCUCCUCCUCCUCCUCCUCGUCGUCGUACCCAACAACAAUAAUAACAGCAGUGGUGUUGUUUCUGAGUUUGGGGGCAUGCCUGGCGCAGCAAGAGCUGGGGGCGAAAAAGGCGGCGGAGCAGGUGACGGAGCUGGACACGUGCGACGGCGUGUUUCUGACGUACGCGCUGAUAGGGCGCGAGAAGGAGUACCCGCACGUGACGAACACGUUAAAGCAGGCUUGGGCAUUCAAGGCGGAAGCGACGGUGACCAACGUAGGGGACGAGGAGGUGCAGGGGUGGAAGAUGUUCAUCGGCUUCCAGCACCGCGAGAUUCUCGUCUCCGCCGACGGCGCCGUCCUCGUCGACGCCGGCGACUUCCCCGCCGAGGUGGGAAAUGGGACCACGCUCUCCGGAACCGCCAUGACGGACCUGAAGACCGCCAUUGACACCGCCGGGGAUCUUGAUCAGAUGAGGGCCAGGGUUGAGAUAGUUGGAACGCAGUUUGGGCUCGGCGCUGGGGCCACUCCUAUGCCCAAAACUAUUCACCUUGUUAACGAUGGAUUCAAAUGCCCUGCACCUAGUCGUCGAGCCACGAGAAUGUUCGUAUGUUGCAGAAAGGACCCAAAAGUGAAGGCGAAGCUCGCAAAGAAAACCAAGUACCCUCCACGUCGCUACGGAGACCUAACCAUAGCUUACGACGUGCUCCAAGCGAAUCAGAACAACUACUACGUGCAGGUGACAAUCGACAACAACCACCCACUGGGUCGUCUCGAUCACUGGAACCUCACAUGGGAGUGGCAAAAGGGAGAGUUCAUAUACAGCAUGAAAGGAGCCUUCGCUCGCAUAAAGGACCCUUCCGAGUGCUUGUACGGCACCGCAGGAAAAUUCUACAAAGACAUGGAUUUCUCACAGGUCGCAAACUGUGCCAACAAGCCAAUCCUCUCAGACCUUCCUUCAGAACGAGCACAAGACGACAAAGUUGGGAAGCUCCCAUGGUGCUGCAAGAACGGCACCGUUUUGCCCCCACUCAUGGACAAGAACAAAGCUAGGUCAAUUUUCCAGAUGCAAGUGUUCAAGAUGCCACCAGACACCGACAACAGGACAACGAUAACUCCUCCAAUAAAGUGGAACAUUGAUGGCGUCAUAAACCCUAAGUACAAAUGCGGUGCCCCAGUUAGGGUUGACCCUCAGAUCUUCCCUGACCCGAGUGGACUCAUGGCGAUUUCAACGGCUGUUGCCAGCUGGCAGAUAUCAUGCAACAUCACCAAACCGAAGCCUCAGGAAACUCGUUGUUGUGUCUCGUUUUCAGCGUUCUACAACGAGUCUGCGAUCCCAUGCAACACGUGUGCAUGUGGCUGCGACGAUACGAGGAAGUGCAACUCUAGGGCAUCCCCGUUGCUUCUCCCGCCAGAGGCUCUUCUUGUUCCGUUCGAGAAUAGGACCCUGAUGGCACGUGCGUGGGCCAAGUUGAAGCACUUGCACGUGCCGAGCAGGAUGCCGUGUGGGGAAAACUGCCCCGUCAGCAUCAACUGGCACGUGAGUUCGGAUCACAAGAACGGGUGGACGGCCAGGAUCACGCUCUUCAACUGGGAGGAGUAUGCGUUUGAUGAUUGGUUCACUGCGGUUCAGAUGAAGAGGACUUUCGAGGAUUUUGAGGAUGUGUAUUCCUUCAACGGGACCAGAAUUCCUGGUCUCAAGACCAUUUUCUUUGAAGGGUUGAAGGGUUUGAAUUAUUUGGCUGGAGAGACCAAUGGAACGCAUACUAGGGACCCUAGAGUGCCAGGGAAACAACAAUCUGUUCUUACCUUCAAAAAGAAGCACGUAAAGGACUUUGAUGUGACACGUGAUGCGUUCCCCUCUAAGGUUUUCUUCAAUGGAAUGGAGUGUUCGCUUCCUCCGGUUAGACCUGCCAAAGCUUCGGGCCAUAAAUCUUCCAUCAGUGUCAUUGCAAUUAUUUUCACUGCGUUCAUGACUUUCUUCAUGAUGUGAGGACACAACAGAGAAUGAAGCGCUUGGUUUUGGCACGGAUCUGCUUUAAGAGGCUUUGGUUUUCUUCUCGUCGGGGCUGCUUUUUUUUAAUAUAUAUCACUCUCAUCAACGACGGGGUGCUUAUGCAAAUUGGGCAGGUAGCUAACGAUGCAUGAUGUUGUGAUGAUGAGAGCAUGUGAUGAGGGAUGGAGCCUUUUGUGUAAAAGUAACUGUGUAUGAUACAAGAUUGUGUGUGGAACUUAUACGAGUUCAGUACGUACGUAUCUAGCUCAUUUUACAAUUAGAUGCCAUUUUUUGUUUCACCAACGUUAAUUUAGUGUAUGGAUUAUUUAUUAGUUCAUGUAGAUACGUUUCAAACCAA